AUGGAGCACGCGCGCGACAUCCUGGCCGACAUUGCCUGCCGGCGAAUCCCGAAAAUUAUCGAAAGCGAGGAUUUCAGCCCGCGGCGAACGCCAUAUAUCUGGGCCAACAGGGAGCACAUCCCGAUGCUCGACGAUAGAUUUAGGCGCGUGAUCCGGAAGCAGCUGGAGGACGCGAUGAAGGAGGAGCUGCCCGAGAUGGAGAUUGAGAUUUUGCUGCGAAACCUGAACCGUGGCCUCGACGGGAAGCGCCAUCCGGCCGGCGAGGUGCUCGUCUUCGACUCGAAAAAUUCGCCAAGUGGCCAGCCCGUCGCCAAGAGGGUCGAGCAGCAGCAGGUGAUGAUGUCUGCCCCAACUGACCCGACGAUCAUGUCCGUCGCCGUCUUUGCUCACCGCCACGCCACUCCCGAAGAGCGCGAGACGAUCCGUCGUGUCUUCGAUCGGGUGUGCCGCGACAAUGGGCUGCGCUCCCCGAAUACGUCCGGAAACGUCUCCCCCGAACGGCGAGCUGUCUUCCCCCGGCGAACCGUCCGCCCCGUCGCCCGUCCACUGGUAGCGCCGCGUACUACUCGGCCGUAUCGAUCGAUUUUC